CCUCCUCCAAGAGCCCUGCCAAUCGCAGCUGGUUCCCGACCCCCUUCGCCUCCGACUGUUUCCAACGCCGAGAUUGAGCGUAAGGUUCGUGCUCGCCUUGGUGUCUAGGCAACUUCUGGGCCUCCGUCCGAUUGCCUCCCUCUGGCGAACUCGUCAUCAACUCCGACUCCGAGCCGCCGUCGCCGCCGCCGAUGGCGUCCUCCGUCUCUGGCAUCUACUCGUCCUCCCCCUUCCUCAGGCCGAAGACACCGCCAGCCUCCGCCGCGAAGUCGUCGGCCUUCGGCAGGAGGGAGGCGGCCUCGGUCUCGUUCCCGAGCGGCGCCAAGCUCCCUGCCGUCGACCGGGUGCUAUCCCUGUCCGACGAACUCCCUCUCUCUCUCCACCCUCCCCCUUUCCGAUUGGCGAACCACCGCGAGCAGCCGACGAACCAGGAAGCGAACCUAAUAUUUUCUCCCUUCUCCGACGCUCGAUGCCCUCUCUGCACUCUACCCCGACGCUCGACGGCCGAUUUCGCUCGCCUCUCCCACGACCUCCACGCUUUUGGCGGUUCUUCCCUCGCGGUUCGGUGAGGUCUCGGGGAGAUUAUUGAGCACGGAAGUGAAUAUUACUGAUGGAAAACCAUGAGGUCUUGAGAAUUUGCCUUCAACAAAGAGCAAGGUCUUGAGAAUCUGCUUCGUUCGGGUCAAGAUGGCGGGCUCCACAGCCGCACAAGUCCACGGUCUUGCGCUGUAUGGUCCGGGCUUGUAGCUCUGUCGACGGCAAAAGCAAGGUCUACAGAGAACUCGUUAUGGGCUGAAAAACUACUGAGAAUGUACCAAAAAUGAGCUGAGAAGCAAGGUUAUUGAGGGAGGAUUGUAGAGAAGCGUCGGGCAACAAAUGGUGGAAUCACUUCUGCAACGGUUGAAUUUGAAUUUGAUUAUGCAUAUGGUUGUCUUCAAGGGGAGAGGGGUGUUCAUCGAAUGAUAAGUGGUUCAGAAACUGGAUCAACAAUUGAUGAGGUUAGCCUAGCAGCUGUCGAUAUAAUUCCUCUGUUCCGUGAUUCGGCCCCUGACCUAAAAAUUAGUGAGGAGGAUUUGCUAAUCUCGUGCCCAUCGUCAUCACCUGAAGUAAAAGUCAUUGAAGGCCGGUCUGGAGUUGUUAUUCAGCAUGUUCCUACUGGUUUUGUCGUCCAAUCUUUGGGUGAAAGGAGCAUUUUUGCAAAUAAGAUUAAGGCCCUCAACUGGUUGAAGGCUAAACUUAUCGCAGCCAGAGAUGUAGGAGUUCCAGGCAUAAAUGGGUUCAAGAAAGAAAAUGUGUUCGAUGUAUGGCGAGACAAGGUCCGAAGAUAUGUUCUUUACCCUCGCAAGCAUGUGAAAGAUGUAAGAAGUGGUGUUGAAAUGCCUGACCUGUAUUCUGUUUUGGACGGUAAUAUAGAACCUCUGAUUGGAGCUCAUAUCCAGAUGAGACUCUCAAAUGACAUGCCUCCAUAGUAAAGCAGCUUUUCCCAA